AUGCCUCCCAAAUCGCUCGUCCAGCUUUGCACGAAGGCCUGCAUCAAGAAUGUCGCCAUGAUAACAGAUCUGGGAGACAUGCCCAACAACAGGGCCCGCCCGAUUCUCCUCAAGGUUGAAAGUGGUACUCAGCUUCACGAAAUCGAGAUGAAUUGCCCUCAUCUCGCCAUCGACACACCCGAGGUCUGGAAGCGGCUCAUAGCAAGGCACUUCCCCUUGUGGGAAAAGAAAAACUACGUCCCCAAGAACCCCUCAUCUUGGUACAAAGUCUACGCACGAUACAAGAAGGAACACGACGAGGAGCUGGCAGAGGCCGAGGCGCGCCUGAAGAAUGCUUUUGCUACACUCGAGACCCAGAAGGAGGCCAGGAAGAGCAAGAUUGUUGAACAGCGGUUCCUCCCUCGGCCUCCCAGAGAUGGGCGUGCAGUCGGUGGCCGACGCACCGGCGGCGGCGCGGAUCUUCCUAGCCAUCUUUCGUUCGGUGGCGGAUCGCGGACUAGGCUGACGGACGGCCAGAGCUUCUUGAAGAAGGCCAGGAGAGAAGCUCUCGAGGUUGCAAGCAGGAGAGCUCUCUCCACACCCACUGGCCAACUACCCGUUCGCCCUGGCCAGAUCCAAAAGGCCCCGGAGGGUAUGGUUAACGAGCAUCGGAUUAAGCAGCAACCCGAAAUUCGCAUCCUUGUUCCGAGAUCUAAGCCGAAGCUCUCUGCGGAGGACCUGGAGCGAAAGGAGAGAGAAGGGCGCUUGUUGAGGCUUAAGAACUUGUCUUCUGGCCGCACUCCACAGGUUGUGUCAGACUCGGAGGAUGAAGGAGAUGGGCCCGACUUGGCCGACCUCUUUGAAGAUGAGGACGAAGAGGAGCCCAGGCCGACCUCUUCCAGGAAAGCAGCAGUUGCAAGUGCUGCUUCUUCAGUCUCGGCCUCUACGCCGAAAAAGAAGCCGAUCUUAUUGCCCCAAAGUAGGAAGAACGCUGGCCUGCUAUCCAACGCCCACCGACUUGAUGGGCAGAGACGGAACGCCUACUCUCCCCCGGGGUCCUCACCGCAGGCCAGCCCAUCCCCGCCUCUCAAGCCGCAGAAGUCUGACUCAAGACAUGCGCAGCCGGCGAGUGGUCGAACAACUGGCCUGCUCUUAAACUCUUCACGCCCCGAGUCACAGAGGCAGAUUGCUCGGCCACCCCCCAACAAAGCUAUCGUCGACCCCGUCAAGCCGCCCACAGGCACCAGCCUCUCCCCUCCCCCUAACUCUCACCCGGGCCAGUCAAGCGCAUCGGUUCCAGCUAAUAGCUCGAAUCCAGCGCUGCGGAAGAGAAAACCGGCGGUAGAUAUCUUCAUGCGGCGGCCGAAGAAGAUCCCGCGCCAAUGA